UCCUCCAUCUCAACGCUGUCCUCCCCUUUUGCAGCGUGCUUGGCGUAUCCCAGAGGUGUGGUAAAAAUUGUGAACGAAGGAAGAUCCAUUUCACAUCCUUAACAAGUGGCUAAUAAUUUGCGACUAUUUCGACCAAGUGGAGAAUGGACUACAUUUAGUGAAUGAAUUCGUGACACAAUGUGAAACGUGAAAUACUGAUUUGUAUUUGGAUUGUACAAGUCCCGCGGAAUACCAAUUACUAAGACACCAGAACUUUUAUACCACCGCGGAUAACAGUAAUGGCAGUUGGACGUGUGGCCGGAACGGGUAAUAUUGGAUAUUCGUCAAACUAUCGCGGUGGAGGCAGGUCCUACCACGGUGGGAUAAACGAAGAAAUAAUAUGGAUCAGCAUUGGAAUGGCAAUUACCAUAGGCAUUUUAAUUACACUGGCAUUGAUUUACCUUGCUUACGAGAAGUGCCAAAAGCGACGAAACCAUUAUAUUCACGCGUAAAACAGCCCGUUCGAUGAGCAAUGCAAUGCGUAUGGACCAACUCUACCUGGUAACAAUCUUUUACCCAGAAGUAAUUAUAAUCAAAGAUCGUUUCAACUUCAGUCACAUAUACAAUUAUUUUGAAGCACUAAAAUGUUGAAAAGAAAAGCACCAUUUAGGUCAAGUGGAAAAUGUUAUACUGGAUAAGUAAUUAUAUGUAACGAUAAAUGUUUCCAAAAAAUCAAAAAUCCCUGUAUUAUUUUAGUAGAUAUAUAAAAGUUAUUAGAUUACUGCUCUGGGAAUUCAUAACGCACCCAUAUUGAUAACAAUCAAAAGCAAUGAAUUGGUGCACACUGCACAA